UCAACGUUGGUAGCGGGGGCUACGCAACAGGGCUGUAUAGCGGGGGCUAUUGGGCAACCUUGGGCGGACGCGUCGCAAGGGUCAGGAACUCGUAAAGAGAGUUCCGGGGGCCGUAAAGAGGCCGGUUUUGGGGGCGCCGUAAAGGGGCGCGGGGACUAAGCUGUCCCUAUAUAAAAAAAAAAAAAAAAAGAAAGAAAAAUAUAAAAUAAAAAGAAACUCUUGAAAUUCUGGUUAACAUGGGUAACACGGCUACUCAGCCACUGUCAGUCGCCUUAAGCGACUUACUGAGAGAAAAGGGAUUACAAAUGAAACGAGAACAAAUUCAAAACUUUCUCAAUCAGGUCGAUAAGGUAGCACCUUGGUUUGGUCCCACGGGGUCCAUUACCAUCCCCAGCUGGGAUAAAUUAGGGAGAGAUCUUGACUUUGCAGUAGAAAAUGGCCUCCUGGAGCCAGGAGUCAGACCCCUUUGGGCAGUGGUGAGAAGCUGCCUUGCAGACACCUCUUGUCGUGACCAUAUAAGGGCUGGCGCCAUGGCGCUUGAUUACCAUCAGGCAGAAUCCUCCCGCGAGCAAUCUCGCGAGUCCAGUGCCGCAGGCGAGGUGACCCCACCCAACCCAGACUCGUCAGAUAAUGAGGGGGAGGAAGGAGAAGUAUACAAAAUGGUGGAUGCAGACACCACCGAAAGAGGGGAAGUCACACACACACAGCUGAGAGGGCCCUACUCUGAGGCCAUAAAUGAGCUGCAACGCAGGAUUUCUCAGAGUAAAUGGGUCAAUGAAAGCGAGUACGGGAUCCCAGGGCCACCCCGUAUAAGACCUAUGGCUCUACCUCCCGACCCGCCAGAUUAUCAUGCCCACCAGAGACCCUGCCAUCAGCUAUGUAGCUGUCCGCAACGGGUCCAGAUGUCCCCUGGGACAUUCCAGGAAGACCUUUGGCAUCAAGUCAAAAGAGAGGACCCAGGAGGCCUAGGCCGUUUUCUCCAGGCUUUUCCGGUUGCUGUAGAUGCUCAGGGAAACAGAGCCCACCUGCCUAUAGAUAUGAAGGCGAUAAAGCAUCUUAAGGAGGCCAGCACCAUGUACGGUGUUAAUGGGGCGUAUACCCUGUCCCUAGUAGAAGCCCUGGCAGGAAAUGCCAUGACACCUGCUGAUUGGGCCAGUUUGUGCAAGGCAGUGCUCAGCCCAGGCCAAUAUCUUGAUUGGAAAGCUUGGAAUGUUGAACUUGCCACAGAACAGGGCCAAGCUAAUGCCCAGAACAAUCAGGCCGCCUGGAACGCGGAUAUGUUAUUAGGACAAGGGCAGUAUCUCAAUAACCAGCUGAUAUUUCCACAAGAGGUGUAUGCACAGAUAAAUAGAAUAGCCAUACAAGCAUGGAAACGGGUCUCGGCUAGGGGAGAAGUCUCAGGCCACUUGACAAAAAUUUUGCAGGGCCCGAGCGAGCCUUUUUCAGAUUUUGUGGCCUGCAUGAUGGAGGCGGCAGGGAGAAUUUUUAGAGACACAGAGACAGCCAUGCCGCUCAUUAAGCAGCUCACAGCUGCUCUGGGUCAGCACCAGGUAUAGUUCGUUAACUUGGCAGGAGUCGGGGCUUGCCAUUGUUGACGGCCCUACCACGAGACAAAGCAGAAGCCGCAUCCAAACUUAUUCAAGAGCAAUUAAAGUUAGGCCAUAUCAAACCCUCAAGUCUAUUCUGUUUAAACAAAAGGAGGGUAUUGCCCAGGGCAUGACACCUAGGGCCAGACUAAAUCUUGCCCUCUUCACUUACAAUUUUGUAAACAUCAACCCACAAGGAUCCACGCCAGCACAGCUACAUGCCAACCCUGUCGCACCCAAACAUGGUUGGGUACGCUGGAAAGACCUCCUGCAUGGGGUGUGGAGAGGCCCCAGCCCAGUACUUAGUUGGGCGAGAGGGGCGGUCUGUAUCUUCCCGCAGGAAGAAGGCAGCGAACCUGUCUGGGUCCCGGAAUGCCUGAUACAUCCCUGCAAACCACCAGACCCCGACCCAGAGGAAACGUCAACCACAGAACAGGGGAACCAACAGGAGCCUCACAAGCCAGACCAAGCAAGCACACCCACAACUCCCAUUAACUAUGGCACCUUGGCCAACUCCCCUGCUGUUGUUAUGCAGGUACUCCAGUUCGCACCGAUUCCAGUUAUGGCGGACUCAGACGAGUUUCCUGUGAUCCAGCUCAGGCCAACUCUCCAAUUGGCUUUCAUAAAGGAAUGGGCAGGAAUAGGGGCUCUGGCUACCAUGACUACACUUGCCGCAUUCAGCAGUCUACUUCUGCUCUGUCGGAUUCGCAGACAAAGGAAUAGGGACAAAGUAUCAAACAAGCACUGCUGAUCAUGGAAUCUGGUCAAAGCCUGGCAGCAUGGCUCGCCAUGCUGUGACGCAGGUGUGGAGCAAAGCAUCGCAGGGGGUGUCGUCCUUGGCCAGGAGACACCCCGGUCCCCAUGUUGGUGAGCACGCGGGUUGGGCUCAUAAAAUAAUACUCCCGCCCCCUCCAAAAGAGCACCAACGAGUAGUGAGGCACUGUCAUGACUGCAGCGUGACACCUCACGAGGGCCACCGACCUCUGGAGACCCUGCGUCAGUUAUAAAGAAAGGGGGAGAUGUUGGGCGCAGGCGCUCAACAUACCAUACCCCAGCCGGGACUAAGGACCACGCCAGCUUCCGCAAUGCGCUACGUCCCUCUUUAAAUUAGCCAACCCGUGCGCACCCCGCGCUCACUCUGUACUCUGUGGCAACUCCUGAUUGGCCACAGCUGGAUAUAGUAGCCAGAGCCUACAUCCCAUUCCCGCCCUGCUUCCUUGUGGCAGCCUGUGAUUGGUCACAGCCAAAUAUAUAAACCAGAGCCCGCGUAAAUAAACUAGCAGUUAACUGUCGUCCAC